UCUAACCCCUGUCUCUCUUUCCUUCCAGACAUGGCCCAGCCCAUCCAACAGCUCACCUCAGACACAGAGAGCAUGACGGACAGGGAGAAAGUCCCCUUCACACUGAUCACAUGCAAAGAGAAUUAUGAGAAGAGAGUCUACAACCAGGCCAGCUGGGCGUGUAUCACUGUGCGAGAGGACACGUACGAGCAGAGCAUCUGUGCCGGCUUCAUGAAGCUCAUGAGAUAUAUCUGCCAGCAGAAUACCUCAGGUAACUACCUGGGUAUGACCCUUCCCAUUGUGACGGUGGUGAGGACUGAUGACUCCCGCUCCAGCCUAUCCAGAGAUGUGACGGUGGCCUACUACUUACCAUUCCAACACCAGGACCAACCCCCCACGCCCUUUGACCCUGACAUCACCAUGGAGACAUGGCCUGCCACCGUAAUCUACAGCAGGUCGUUCAGUGGACCCACUACUGAGACCUCUAUCCUAGGGGAGAUCCAUGCUCUGGGCGAGGUGCUGGACUCUCCACAGCUGUGUGUGAGCGAGUCCUUCAUCGUGGCCGGCUAUACCAGCCCCGCAGCCGCACACCGACACAACGAAGUCUGGUUCCUGGAGCGCUCCUGAAGUGGCUAUGUAGCACUACAUUAUUAACACAAAGUAACAAAUUGAUAAACACUCAUUACAGCGAACCAAAUCGAAAGCCUCACACAAACCAAAAAUAGCAGAAUUUCAUAAAUUUGGUACAGUUUACAUCAAGGAAACGAGUACACAAGUAUGCUUCAUUUUUAAAAUAUAUUUUAAUUGGGCUGUGGUCUCAGGCAGAUAAUAUAUACAGUUUGUUACGAUCACUUUGGCACAAUUUCAGAACAAACUCAAAACGGUCAUCACUUGUAACACAGACUGUCCCAUGUUCAAAACAUUGCAUUGUGCAUUCAGAUAUUUAAUGAAACCUUGCACUUGCAAAAUCAUUAUUUCAAAUAACAAAUUUAUCAUGAAAUACCAUAGGAACAUUAAUUUAGAUCACCCACACACAAGAUACAGAGUUUCACUGUGUAGUUGGUCGUACACACAUUAUAUAUUGUAGUACAAAAUAUGUGAUACAUGUAGUACCAUAAUGAAACAUGUAAGUACAUCACUAAAAUAACUAGUAGAGCGAAUACUACAGACACAGUGGAAUCAUUGAACAAAAUGAGACAUUUAUUGAUGAAAUACAAGUCACAACAGGUUUCUUUGAAUCAAAGCAAAAAUAACUAGCUACAAAAAAAUUAAGAAACUACAGUAAAACAUCACUGCAGUGUUCCUCACCUGGCUUACUGUAAAACAUCACUGCAGUGUUCCUCACCUGGCUUACUAUAAAACAUCACUGCAGUGUUCCUCACCUGGCUUACUAUAAAACAUCACUGCAGUGUUCCUCACCUGGCUUACUAUAAAACAUCACUGCAGUGUUCCUCACCUGGCUUACUAUAAAACAUCACUGCAGUGUUCCUCACCUGGCUUACUAUAAAACAUCACUGCAGUGUUCCUCACCUGGCUUACUAUAAAACAUCACUGCAGUGUUCCUCACCUGGCUUACUAUAAAACAUCACUGCAGUGUUCCUCACCUGGCUUACUAUAAAACAUCACUGCAGUGUUCCUCACCUGGCUUACUAUAAAACAUCACUGCAGUGUUCCUCACCUGGCUUACUAUAAAACAUCACUGCAGUGUUCCUCACCUGGCUUACUAUAAAACAUCACUGCAGUGUUCCUCACCUGGCUUACUAUAAAACAUCACUGCAGUGUUCCUCACCUGGCUUACUAUAAAACAUCACUGCAGUGUUCCUCACCUGGCUUACUAUAAAACAUCACUGCAGUGUUCCUCACCUGGCUUACUAUAAAACAUCACUGCAGUGUUCCUCACCUGGCUUACUAUAAAACAUCACUGCAGUGUUCCUCACCUGGCUUACUAUAAAACAUCACUGCAGUGUUCCUCACCUGGCUUACUAUAAAACAUCACUGCAGUGUUCCUCACCUGGCUUACUAUAAAACAUCACUGCAGUGUUCCUCACCUGGCUUACUAUAAAACAUCACUGCAGUGUUCCUCACCUGGCUUACUAUAAAACAUCACUGCAGUGUUCCUCACCUGGCUUACUAUAAAACAUCACUGCAGUGUUCCUCACCUGGCUUACUAUAAAACAUCACUGCAGUGUUCCUCACCUGGCUUACUGUAAAACAUCACUGCAGUGUUCCUCACCUGGCUUACU